AUGAUAGCUGGCAUAUUUGCCCCUAAAUCCCUAUGGAACUUGCUAUCCUUUAAGGCUGAGAUUAGCGAUAACACUGCAACGGGACAACUAAAUACUUAUAGGUGCACAAAAUGCAACUAUACUAUAUAUCCAGCCAAAAACAGGGAUAGUAAAUUUGUUGGACAGAAAUUUACAUGUCCAGGCUGCAAUUCGUCAUUUAGCACCUUUACAACUAUCAGAAAGUAUUAA